UUAAACGCGUAAACACCUAUGCUCGGCGCAAAGUUUAAAGCUUCAGCGCGGUUCUAGUAGUGGCAAAAUAGCUUCGAGUGUUUACUCUUUACUUCGAGCUAUUUGAAAUGAGGUGCUCCGUCACUGGAGGAGCUAUUGGGAUUUUCAUUAUCUUGAAAACAUCCUUUGUUCCGUGCCCUCUUAGUGCACCAGCAUUAUCCAGGACAACAAAACAGUUGGAGAAAAACCCAGAAUAGGACUUGAAGGAGCAAGACACAGGCCGCAUGCUCAAGUGAGAAGGACAGGGCUUCAACUACGGAAAACAAUAGUCCUCUGCCUUCCUGUGCACCUUCUGGACGGUGCCGGCUUAAGGUGCCCUCAUAUCAUGGACAGUUCAACGGACUUCACUGCAUAAACAAUUGGGUCCAUCCCGCAGAUGCUAUACGUCCACGUCAUUUAUCAUGAACUUGAGUAAAUUUGGCAAGUGCGUCACAUUGAUGGGGUAAAAGACAGACCUUUAUGUGACAAUUUUUUAUUUCCGUUCGUAACAAUUUGCAUAACGAAACUUAAUUUAUGAGCCAAUCACAUCAGCAGGCGUCAAAAACCUGGAAAGGACAAAUUCUGUUGACCGUGUGAUUUCUAGGUGGCAUAGUUUUUUUAAAUUAUGAUUCAGUGAGACAUUUUCUGGGACACCCUGUAUGUGCUCUUUCUACUUGGAUGGCCAAGUGGUACUUUGUCAUAUACUAUAAAUAUAUAAAUUAAUUAAGCGGGUCUUCACACACACACAUUGAGAAUUCUAUUUACAUAAUCAUUGUUAUAAAAUUGCCUUCCAGCUAUGCAGAUGUUGUAUACUGCACAAACUGCCCAUGGCUUCCUGGUGUGUAAGUGUUGGAAAGAGGGAAAAUAUUAACCUCGUUCACCACACUUUCCGCCUUGCAAAUGUUACAUCUUGAAUCUGGAAAGUAGUUAAAUACAUGUAUCAUGUUUCUUCAAAAGGAAAAAGAAGUCUACGCAAGAUUUCGUCAGGAACGUCUUUCAGGCACUUCUUCUGUCUGAACGUAGCUGACCCUCUAACAAACGCACUCUGCAUUAAAGAAGGGACAAGAGAUUCUUCGGACUUCGAGUCAUCAAGUGCGAGGCCCUUUGGAAUCACAACUCCAAGACAUGCAGUUCUCUCUGGAGUUCCGCAAUCAGCCCAUGAGAGUUAAAUCGGAACCACCUGAUGUUGCAUGCCUGCCAGAAGAGGGCCAAGUACAUCAACAGCACUGCAGCGAACAUCCAUCAGGAGGAGUGACAGCUGACACACGUCACAUCAAAGAAGAACCUCGAGAGGAACCUUCAAAUGAAGAUCCAAUCAUGGAAGUCAAAACGGAGCCUUACAACAUUGCAGUCUCGACAGGACAGGACCAGAUGGGACACAGCUGUGACUCAGCGUCGGAAGCUGGGAUGCGUGACAUUAAAGAAGAACCGCAAGAGGAAUCUUCAAGUGAACAUCCAAUCCUAGAAGCCAAAACGGAGCCUUAUAACGUUGAAGUAUUGACUGGACAUUACCAAAUGGGACACAACUGUCGAUCAACAUCAGAAGAAGCAAGAGAAAGCACUGGUUUGCUCCACGUAAAAGACCAGCACACAAGCAUCUGUGAUCAACGCUCCUCAGGAUGCACUUCUUCAAAGGCACAGUUGAAAAUCAACACAAUGACCGUUGAGCCACAGCUCGACAACGCUCUUCUAGACACUACGAAGGGUCGGCCCUCAGAGCGACUUUCAGAAAAGAGCAAGCCAUGUGCACCUCCAUACGCAUUGAAAGACAGCCUGAAACAGCACAUGUUUGCACAGUGUCACAGUGAGUCAGAAAUGUGUCCCAUUACUUCUCCACCGGAUGAUCAAAUGGGAGAGGAGGGUCUUACGUACAACAUCUGUCCCCCUGGAUUCUCACAGUCUGGGAGUGACGAGAGCCACACGUCAAAGCGUACUGAUGAGAAGUCACGCAUGUCUGCUCACACGCGAACACAUGUGGGCGAGAAGCUGCACAAGGGGGGCCUCUGCGCUGUGAAGAUCAGCCAGAUUGCACACCUGCAGCUUCACAAGCGAGCACACAUGGGCAAGAAGCCAUACAAGUGUGAUGCCUGCCUCGUAGAGUUCAGCCGGCGAGAUCACCUACAGCAGCACAAGCGAACACACACGGGCGAGAAGCCAUACAAGUGCAAUGUCUGCUCCGCGGAGUUCAGCCAGAGUGGGACUCUACAGGAUCACAAACGCAUGCACACUGGCGAAAAGCCAUACAAGUGUGAUGCCUGCCUCGUAGCGUUCAGCCGGCGAGAUCACCUACAGCAGCACAAGCGAACACACACGGGCGAGAAGCCAUACAAGUGCGAUGUCUGCUCUGCGGAGUUCAGUCAGAGAGGGAACCUACUGCAACACAAGAGGAUACACACGGGCGAGAAGCCAUACAAGUGCGAUGUCUGCUCAGCGGAGUUCAGCCAGAGUGGGACUCUACAGGAUCACAAACGCACGCACACUGGCGAAAAGCCAUACAAGUGCGAUGUCUGCCCUGCGGAGUUCAGUCAGAGAGGGAACCUACUGCAACACAAGAGGAUACACACGGGCGAGAAGCCAUACAAGUGCGAUGUCUGCCCUGCAAAGUUCGGUCAUAGAGGGCACCUACAAAAGCACAAGCGGACACACACGGGCGAGAAGCCAUACAAGUGCAAUGUCUGCCCUGCGGAGUUCAGUCAGAAUGGUCACCUACAGUGUCACACGCGAACACACACGGGCGAGAAGCCAUACAAAUGUGAUGUCUGCUCUGCGGAGUUCAUCCGGAGUGGGAGUCUACAGGAUCACAAACGCACACACACUGGCGAAAAGCCAUGCAAGUGCGAUGUCUGCCCUGCAGAGUUCAGUCACAGAGGGAACCUACUGCAGCACAAGAGGAUACACACGGGCGAGAAGCCAUACAAGUGUGAUGUCUGCCCUGCGAAGUUCAGUCAUAGAGGGCAUCUACUGCAGCACAAGAGGAUACACACGGGUGAGAAGCCAUACAAGUGCGAUGCCUGCCCUGCGAAGUUCAGUCAUAAAGGGCAUCUACAAAGGCACAAGCGUACACACACGAGUGAGAGGCCAUACAAGUACGAUGUUGGCUCUGCGGAGUUCAGCCAGAGUGGGACUCUACAGGAUCACAAAUGCAAGCACACUGGUUAAAAGCUAUGCAAGUGCAACGUCUGCCCUGCGGAGUUCAGCCGGAGUGGUCAGCUAGAGCAGCACAAGUCAACAGAACACAUACGGGUGAGAAGCCAUACAAGUGCGAUGUCUGCCCUGCCGAGUUCAGUCAAAGCGGAACCCUACAAAACCAUAAGCGGACACACACGGGCAAGAAGCCAUUUAAGUGCGAUGCCUGAACUGCGGAGCUGAGCAAGAGCAGGAACCUACAAACGCAUAUGCGGUCAAAAAGCCAUACACUAGUGCUUUGUCUACCGUGCAGAGUUCAUCCAGAAUACGAAUCUGCACAAUCAUAAGUGGACACACAUGGGCGAGAAGCAGUACAUGUGUGACUUCUCUCCUGCAGGGUUCACUCGCAGCAUGAAUUGCAGUGUCACAAGCAGACACAUACAGCUGAGGACCCCGACAAAUGUGAUAUGUGUCCUGUAGAAUUCAGCCUUAGCGCGGGCCUGGGGCAUCACAAGUAUAGGUGCAGACAGGUGCGCAGCCAUACAGAAGCGUUCUCUGCUCUGUAAACUUGAGGCAGAGCGCAAACCUGCAAUGUUACAAGUGGUCGUACAUAGGCGUGAAGCAUUACAAAUGCAAACUCUGUCCUCCACAGUUCAGCCACAGGAUGAGCAAACUCCAGCUGGAGAACAAGAUAGCUGCUGGCUGAGCACGAGCUAGUUCAGCCAGAGCAGGAACCUGUGGCUUCACACGUAGCCACGAGACACUUGGUAUUAAGACUGUGCAAGUACAGAGACCACAUACUUCUACACAUGAAAAAGUCUGUCCAAGUGUCAAAUCUGUUAUGUCACAUGUCAUCAACCCGGAGACCUGAUGGUAAAGCACAGAGAACAAAGAGUGUACAGAUUCUGUCUGUGUCCCAUCACGUUUUAUUUCUGUUGGAUGGUUUGGAACUUGCAUGCAUGGGCAGCCUGAGGUUCAAAAAGUGGUGGAUUGGAACUGGAUUGGUUGGUGAUGCGUGUGAAAUGUUAGGAAACCCAUUACUGGGGAGAGAAACAAACAUGUUAAAGACCUCCUCACACAGGCUCUGAACUGCCGACUAAGGUUCAUUUCCAUGAGCAACAUGCUCUGAUAUUCUUCCCUCCUUUUUUAUUCCUCUUGUCACGAACGCUUAUCUUCUUUAUGGGUGACUAAUGACGGGCCAGGGGAACAUGGACAAGAGAGGAAAGGGAAACGCAAGCACUUGUGCCAUCUUGCAUAUCUUGUCCAUGCUCCUUUGGUGCUUCAUUAGUCAACCAGGGAUAGUCACCAAGUAGCCCAACUCUCUACCAUUAUGCUUAUCUUCUUCAAUUGUUUUGCGGGUACCUAGCAAUGAACAACGAACAUAGAUCCAUACUGUGCAGUUGCCAGGUGACAACUGCGAAGCGUUAUUGAAGUCCUGGCUGACGAAAACGGUGCGCCGUGUCGGUAUGCGUUACAGAACUGGGGUGAUGGACCGGAACAAGUCAUGGGGCUUGUCAAUGUAUGUGCUGUGGGAUUGAUAGGGUUCGGCAGGGCUGGGUGUGAGAAAAUCACCUGGGAGGAGUCGGAGUGGAGAGCCAUACACGAACUCAGCGGAACUGCAGCUAACGUCUUUCUUGAUGGCGGCUCUGAUGCCCAGCAGUGCGAAGGGAAGGUGUUGGAUCCAGUGUGCAGGGUCAGCACGGGCAGUGAGUGCCACCUCCAGCUGACGGUGUAGUCGUUCGACUAGCCCAUUCGCCGCAGGGUGGGGCAGUUGUUUGGAUGUGGCGAGUUCCGAGCAGGUGCGUAAGAUCCGUGAAGAGAGAGCACCUGCGGUCGGAAGUUACCGAAGGUUACACAUUUUGAUCCCGUCGUAAAAAUAGAAAAUGACGUUCCUAGCGCUCCAAACGUUGCUGACGGAUAGUCAUUCGCACCAAGUUUUGACUGUAUUUUUUUCAAAUGCUCUCGCUUUGUGGAAAAGACGUUAGAAACAAAGCAAAUUCUAACUCCACGCAUUUCCAGUGGACUAUACUGCCUGCAAACCCCCUUUUUUUUUCCUUCUGUCUGCUUCUCAUUCACAUCACCAUGUAGACGUUGCAUCUGGUCCAUCUGGUUGUUGGUUGUUCCACAGGUUCUGGUUUUGCUUCAUUUCCUGGGAGCACAACCGAUAGGUGGUGAUCAGUGCCAUGUAUGCCAAAGAGAGUCUGGCCACUAAUGGGACCUGCCUAUACCUGAGGCUCCACCCACUUUUUGAGGUAUCUAGCCAGUCACAGGUCGAAAUGCAAUUCCCUGUUAUUACAUCCAUCCUGUACAUACGCUUCACCCUUAUUUA